AUGAAGGACCCCGUCGCCAGAACCGAUUCUCCCUACCCUGACCCCUCAGUCAAAGGCCCUAGCAGUCAGCUUCUUUCCAACAGACUUUCCUCCGCCGCUUCCAACAUGCUCAACACCGUCAACAAGACCGGGCUCCACCCCGGCGGCAUCACGCCUCACCCAGACCACACUGAGUUGGAGGAGGAGCUUCACGAGAAAGCCCACAUCGACUACACUCGGGUCGCCAUUAUCCCCAAUCCCUCGGUUGCCGCCCUUUACGAAGACGCCCUCGUCUACGAGACCGGUACCGCUAUCACUUCCAGUGGUGCCUUGACCGCAUACUCGGGGAAGAAGACCGGUCGGUCGCCUAACGACAAGCGUAUCGUCAAGGAGCCCUCAUCAGAAAAGGAUGUUUGGUGGGGACCCGUCAACAAGCCCAUGGACCCAGAGGUCUGGAAGAUCAACCGUGAGCGUGCUGUCGACUACCUGAACACCCGGAAUCGCAUCUACGUUAUCGACGGCUAUGCGGGAUGGGACGAAAAGUACCGUAUCAAGGUGCGGGUCGUUUGCGCCCGCGCCUACCAUGCUCUCUUCAUGCGCAACAUGCUCAUCCGCCCGCCGCGUGAGGAGCUUGAGCAUUUCCACCCCGACUACACCAUCUACAAUGCCGGCCGCUUCCCCGCCAACCGUUACACAGAAGGCAUGACCUCUGGAACCUCGGUCGCGAUCAACUUUGCCGAAAAGGAGAUGGUCAUUUUGGGUACCGAGUACGCCGGCGAGAUGAAGAAGGGCAUCUUCACAGUGAUGUUCUACGAGGGCCCCGUCAAGCACAACAUCCUGACCCUGCACUCCUCCGCCAACGAGGGCAAGGACGGCGAUGUCACCCUGUUCUUUGGUCUCUCCGGCACCGGCAAGACCACGUUGUCUGCGGACCCUAACCGUGCCCUGAUUGGUGACGACGAGCACUGCUGGAGUGAUCGCGGUGUGUUCAACAUCGAAGGUGGCUGCUACGCGAAGACGAUUGGUCUCUCGGCCGAGAAGGAACCCGAUAUCUACGGCGCUAUCCGUUACGGCUCGGUUUUGGAGAACGUUGUUUUCGACCAGGAGACCCGCACCGUCGACUACGACGACUCGACCUUGACCGAGAACACGCGCUGUGCGUACCCGAUUGAGUACAUCAGCAACGCCAAGAUCCCCUGUCUCUCCAACAACCACCCAUCCAACAUCAUCCUUCUCACCUGCGAUGCCCGGGGUGUUCUCCCUCCGAUCUCGAAGCUCAACGGCGCCCAGACCAUGUUCCACUUCAUCAGUGGCUACACGUCUAAGAUGGCCGGCACGGAAGAUGGUGUUCUCGAGCCCCAGGCCACCUUCUCGUCGUGCUUUGCGCAGCCCUUCCUUGCGCUCCACCCGAUGCGCUACGCUAAGAUGCUUGCGGACAAGAUCGAAUCGCACAAUGCCAACGCUUGGCUACUCAACACCGGCUGGGUUGGUGCCGGCUUCUCGCAGGGCGGCAAGCGCUGCCCUCUCAAAUACACUCGUGCCAUCCUUGACGCCAUCCACAGCGGCGAACUGGCUAAGGCCGGGUACGAGAACUACGCCGUCUUCAACCUCCAGGUGCCCACUUCCUGCCCCGGUGUCCCCGCGGAGCUGCUCAACCCCCAGACCGCAUGGACCGCUGGAGCGGAUAGCUUCAACUCCGAGGUCAAGAAGCUCGGCUCGCUUUUCUUGGAGAACUUCAAGAAGUACGAGAGCGAAGCGACGGAAGACGUCAUCAAGGCUGGCCCCGUUGUUUAA